AUGGAUGACAGCGACUCGGAUUGUGACAUGGUCUCGGCGGUCUCCGAGAUGAGCAUGGAUUCUGAGCAGGAUGAUGGUGCGUUGGCGAAAGUGACGCAGAUGCUGGAGAAGUACAAUUUCAAGGACAAUCCCGAGGCUGUGGGAGUCAUCACUGAGACCAUUGUUGGUGUCAUCAGAGAUCAUGAAAGUGACGCCGAGCUCAUCUUGAAGUGUACGGAGAUCCUAUCGGACAUGGCCUCUCCCGAGCAUGGGCCGCCCCACUGGAGGUGUGCGUUGGUCUUUAGAGCACUACUGCCUGUUAUUCUCAUGGACAAUUAUCCGAAAGAGAAGACCCUGGCAGCUCCUACAGCAUCCAUGAGGUCGGCUAAGGACAUGAUACUCCAAUGGAUCAUCGGGUUCGUUCGUGAGCAUCCCCUCCUCCUUUGCCGUCGACUAGUUGAGAAGGAUGUUGACGAUUUGGGAGGUGAAGAUGACGAGGAUGACGAAGGGGAGGAUACACCGAGCGGCAGCGAGGAAGGAGAGGAGGGUGACGAGGGAAUCGAUGAUAGGCAGCAGCGUAAGCGCAGACGUGGCCGGGCCGAGGGCCCCCGAGGUGACAAGAGAAGACGCGGCCAUCAUAGCGAUGAUGAGAGUAACGAUUCGGAUGAUAAUGGUGAGAGAUCAGAGCAAGCUAGGAGGGGACGUGGGAGGCCCGAGGGGGCAGCAGCCCAGGAUGAUGAUAGUGAGGAUGAGGGAAAUCAAAGAGGAGGGAAGAAGGAGGUGAUGAUGGAUCCUGUGAUGGGCCUAAUUCAGCGCAUAUGCACACUGUGUCCCGAGAAGAAGGAUUGGAGGGAGGCAGCAGCAACGAUCGUGACGCUGUUGGAGAGCUUUGCUGAGCAGGUCGUGGAAUUGGAAUUAGAUGAGGGCACUCUAACGAGUCGUUUUGCAUCCUUCGUUGAGUUGCUGUUGACCACCAAUCGCGCCGGGUUUCGAGCUUUUGCCAUUGACGUGGUUGGGGUCCUCGUUAUGCGAGCGGAAAAGGCUCACUUGGAGAAGGACACUGCGAAGCUUCUACUACAAGGAGUCCUCGGCUGCGUUCUCGAUCCGGUAUCCACUGUGCGGGCGAAGGCCAUACUAGGAGUAGGGAGUCUGCUCAAGGCACUAGUCUUGGGAGGAGGGAGUGAUAUGGCGGAGGAGGAUCGAGAUUGGUUGCGUGGGGUAGCUCGGAAGAUCCCCGAGAUCAUCGUACGAGCUGCUAGUGAUGAGAAGACUGGCGUUCGCACCGUAUGUACGAAAGUCAUCGAUAUGCUCAUUGACGUACUAGAGCAACUCAAUCAGCUCGCUGGAGACGAGACUCUGUUCGUGCUGCCCCUGGAUGAGACCCUCCCCACUCUGGGCCUUGACUCGGCUGUCAGUGUUAGGAAGGCGGCCAUAGCAACAACGGAUCGGAUACUGCAGAUGCUGUCGGGAAGGCAUCGUGAAGUCCUCGAGAGGCUCUAUCCCGCGAUAGAAAACGGCAGGAACAGCGAUCCUCAUAGCAAGUCCAGUUCAGCAUGCAAACCCUAUGUAUCUGCCUUGGAAAAAGUCAUUGAGGAGACUAGUAAUGAUGAAGACCCUCAGCUGGUGCAGGCCCUGUGGAUGGGUGAUGUUGUUGACCCUUCGCUGGUCGCCGGAGCGAUCAGAGUGUACUUCUCACAAGAUCGAUGUAGUGGUUCUCUGUGCCCGACUCGUUUCUCUCUUGCUGACUUCGAUCCUCUAUCUACUCCACCAGAGUGGUCUGUGUAUGAUCAGUGUGUAGCCUCUGAAGGGGCGGGAGGAGGUAUCGGUUUAGAGGGUGAUCCCCAAGCAUCGUUCGGUCAUCUAUGUUUACUCAAAGCUGUAUUAUUCGUGAUGAAACAAGUAGCAGCUCGUGUCGAUGGUGAAUCGUCAACAGCUAUAGCAAGGCUCCUACUGGAGGCCAUCAAAGAGUUCAAGGUCCCCCUUACUGUUGCUCUGCCGGUCAUAGAGUUGGUGAAAUGCUUCUGUGAUACUCACAGGGCCACCAAACAGGCUCUCCAAGGUUGGCAGAAGGAUUUGGUCUACCAGAUGGAAACAUGUGUGUAUCAAGGAGCUGUCUAUAGGCCAGAGAGGCCGAGUACGAUGCUCGAGAAGGAAGCUAAGAGACUUGCGGCGGCCCUCGGAUACCUCGGGGAUCUGGUGCUAGCGUGCGAAGAAUCAGGGAAGAAGAAUGUCUCGUGUUUUUCGAAGCCCGAGAGCACCUAUACGAAUAUCCAUGUGCUGGCUACCGACUCGGUUUUCUCCGACAUCAUGAGUGGCAACCCAAAACAGCAUUUCCGCAUACCGGUCCCGGUUCGCGCACAGGCGAUAAUUUGCCUUGGGAAGGUUUGCCUCAAAAAUGAGAAACAAGCGAAAAACCUCGCCGACGUAUUUGCUCUCCUCUUAAGGCACUUCGAGCCGGUGGUUGUACGUAAUAAUGCGUUCGUGGUCCUCUAUGAUCUCUGCGUGCAAUACACCGGACUGGUCGAUCCGAGGCUUCCUAUGAUGACAAGAGCUCUCAACGAUGAGAUUAGAUUUUAUCGUCACCAAGCGAUGAUGGUCAUAUCAUCCCUCAUGGCUGAGGACUACGUCAAGUUUCGCGGCCAAACUGUAUACAGAUACCUCACGGUGUUAGCUGAUGAAAAUGAGGAAAUACGAUCGUUUGUGGAGUCUUUCUUUACACGUAUAUUGAUACCGAGGCAGCAUGGUCUCUUCGCUGACGUAUUCGUGAAGAGCAUCUGCGCGCUGAACUGUUGGAAAGGACAUCCCCUGUACGCUAGUGCCGCUCAGAAUAACAGGGAGUUCUCAUUGCAAGAGCACACUGUGAAAAGGGAGAGGAUCUACCGGUUCAUGAUGGAGUACUUCGAUGAAGCGGCUAAAUUCAAAGUGGUCAACGAGAUCAUGACCAGGCUGUUAACCAGGUUUCUCGAUGAUGAUGGUACCGCGAGGCCCUUGCCUCUACCACAGACUGAGGAAGAGAGCGGUGCCACCGUUUAUAAUGUGUUCUGUCUCCUCUGCUGUCGAGAGUUGAGGUUGCACAUGAAAUCCGGUGGUGGCAGAGACCUCACUGAACAGCAACGGGCGAUGGGUAAUGAAGAAAACGAAGACCCCAACGUACAGGGUGAGCGGAGAGAUGCAGCAGAACGGUCCAAGAAGUAUAUGCAGGAGACGAUGAUACCAACCUUACUACAGCUCAGAAACCUCAUGCAGUCCGAGACGUCGCCCUUUGUUUAUCAUAUAAACAACUGCCUCCGGGAGUUACUCCGAGAAUUCAAGGACGAGAUCGCCACCUUUUGCAACGGAGACGACCAGCUGGCAGUAGAGCUCAUCUAUGAUCUCAACAUGGAGGGCCGAGGAGCUUUGUUGCUCGGACGGAACGAUCAAGGAAAUAACGGUGAGACGGCCAACCAGCGUUCUCGAGGACCCGCAUCACUGAGGUUAUUCGAUAUCGCGGAUGGUCACGGCGAUCAGAUGGGCAUCAAUGUUGGCCUUGACGUUACCGACGGAGUGGCCCCUGCUGGUUUGACGGACUUCCAGAGACGAAUGAUGUCACGUGCGCGCAAGAAGGCGAAGGCUGCCCUGCCUCGUAUCAUAGCAGAGAUGAGGGGUAUUUUUGACAACGCAUUGGCUCAGCAUGGGGAAAUAAUUCAAGACAUGACUCGAAAGAACCUCCAGGUCAUCGAAUCGCAAGGUAGAGCGAUGCAGCAGACAAUGAGCACUAUGAAUCGUCUUGUUGCUUGCGGAGCGCUGACGAUGGGAACAUUAGAGUCUGAGGAGAGGAGGACCAAAGUGAUCCGAAGGUUCGUGGUUUUCGGGAUUUUUGGCAUGUUAUUCACCAUCGCGGUCACCAAGCUGUGA